UUAUUCGAUUCUUAAUCAGCAUGAAAUUUUCUAUCGAAAUCAAUCAUAAAAUGGUAGGGGUAGGCAACUGAAACAGUGCCUAGAUUUCUUCUUCACUAAAAUGUUUUUGUUGUGAACCUAACGAAGUCUGAGUUCCAAAGUAACCUAAUAUUCAAACAUAAAUUUAUUUCCAUUAGAAAUGUCUAAAACUAUAGCUGUCUUUGGUGCAACAGGAAACCAAGGAGGCUCAGUGCUUCGUUCGUUAGUAGAAAGAGAUUGUUAUCAUUUGAAAGCAGUAACUAGAAAUAUUAACUCACAAAAAGCAAAAGACUUUUCCCACCUUAAAAAUGUCACAUUAGCAGAAGCUGAUUUAGACAAUAAAGAAAGCGUUGAUAUUGUUUUAAAAGGUUGCUAUGGUGCUUUUCUUGUCACUGAUUUUACUUCUCAUUUUGUAAAAAAUAGAGAGGUUGAACAGGGUGUUAACUUCAUUGAUAAAGCUAUAGCAAACAAUGUUAAACAUAUAGUUUUUAGUGGUUUGGAAAAUAUAGAGUCUCAAAUUCACGAACCUUGUUUACAUUUUGACUAUAAAGCAGCCAUUGAAGACUAUGGUAUAAAACAAAAGGAUAAAAUUCACUUUACUUCGGUUCGAAUGCCUAUGUACUAUCAAGAAGUUGUUGGAAGCGUUUUUAAUAAGGCAUUUGGAAAUAGAUUUUUACUAAAUAUACCUAUGGACAAAGAAAAAAUAGUUUAUCUAAUGAAUGUUGAUGAUAUUGGUAAUUGUGUUGCAAGUGUAUUUGAUCACCCUGAACUGUACAAAUCACAAAUCAUUGAACUUUGUGGAGAUUACAUGAAAGUCCAAGAUUUAGUAAUACUUUUGAACCAGGAGUUGUCACCCCUUAAAGUUUACUUUCCAGGAGGUUCAUUUAACAGAUUUCUCUUUAAGUAUAUAUUAAAAUUUCCAGGUGUUAAUGAUAUUCGAGUAAUGUUUGAUUAUUUCAAUUAUUUCAAUCAUCAAAUCAAGCGUGAUUCUGAUAUAACAAAAAAGCUUAAUCCUGAUGUUGUCAAUUUUUCUACUUGGCUUAAAAAAAAUCGUACUCAAAUUAUUUCUAACAAAACUGCAUAAUUCUUUACAUGCAUGAGUAUAUAUAUAUAUAUAUAUAUAUAUAUAUAUAUAUAUAUAUAUAUAUAUAUAUAUAUACUCAUGAGCGCAGUAAAAGUUUUGAUUUUUAAUGAUUUGGCACUACCGUAUUCCGUAAAAACAUCUGGCAACCCUAUGUAACGCUGACAUUUUUUGAUAUAAGAAUAAAUAAGAAUAAAUAAUGUUUAUUUAUAACAAUAAAAAAUAGAAUUUUUAUAUAUUUAUGUUUGUGAAAUACACUUUUGUAUACAUUUUUUACUAUUGAC